CGACGAUGUAAUAAAUGUGAUGAUCGUAGUGCUGCUCAGAAAAUUGAAGUGAGUUGUAAAAUACACUGCUUUUCCUCAGCUUUUCUUUGAGGUUUGCUGCCGCCGGCGACUCUGUUUACGGCAGGAAUGAAAUGGAUGCCAAUGCAAAAUCCAUAAACAAAGUUGAAGAAAUCACUGACAUCCAUGAAAAGGAAAAAGGUUCCACAUUUACAUCCCAAGAUGCUACAAAUAAUAACCAAAUUCACAUGGUUUUAGCUGAUUCACCGAGUAGAAACUCGAGCGAUGCUGUAACCCCUGCACCGAGCUCUAAUAAGCCUCCAAGGAUCCCCAAAUGCAAGAGUGGCUCGAUUUCUAGGUCUUACUCGAAGCCCAAGUCGAGGUUUGGUGAUCAAUCCAUGCCUAUCGAUGCCAAUGUGGUCGAAAAUCGAGCGGAUCUGGCCUCUAGUCAUGCCUCUCCUAUCACGAAAUUGGAUGAGAAUGGUGUUAGGGAAAUUCACUGGUCAUUUUCAGCAAGUCGGAAAGCGCCAUCUCAUGGUGGCGUGGGAGGAUUGGAUAAGGAUGAGGAGAUAUAUAUAAAGGUCAGCAGCAGAAGGAAGCUCAAGUAUAGGAAAGUGAAGUUGAAGGUUUCGAUCGAGUGGUGUUUGUUUCUCUGCAUUCUCGGCUGUUUGAUCGUUAGCUUGACGGUUGAGAGGCUCAAGCAUUUGAUCAUUUGGGAAGUGAGAGUCUCGCGGUGGCUGUUGCUCGUUUUGGUGACGUUUAGUGGCAUGUUGGUGACGAAAUGGCUGAUGCAUUUCGUCGUGUUGUUGAUUGAGCUUAACUAUCUGCUCAAGAAGAAGGUGUUGUAUUUUGUUCAUGGUUUGAAGAAGAGUGUGCAGUUUUGUAUUUGGUUGUCGUUGGUGCUUCUCACGUGGAUCCUUUUGCUCCGAGAGGGGGUGGAGCGCUCGCGUCUGGUUACUCGGAUCCUGGAUUUCAUAACAUGGAGCAUCGCAUCGUUGCUGAUCGGAUCCUUCCUGUGGGUGUUGAAGACGUUGCUCCUCAAGAUCCUUGCCUCAUCGUUCCAUGUCAACACAUUCUUUGAUCGGAUUCAAGAAUCGACCUUUCAUCAGUACAUUCUCAUGACCUUGUCUGCACCACCGGUUUUGGAGCCUGCUGCCGGUGUGAGUAGGCUGAGCUCGUUCGCUUCCAAGAAGGGGAGCAACGGGAAGGCGAAGAAGGUGAUUGAUAUCAACAAGCUUCACCAGAUGAAGCGGGACAAGGUCUCUGCUUGGACCAUGAAGAUGCUGGUUGAUGCAAUAUCCAACUCUGGCCUCACCACUCUCUCGAAUGAGAUAGACGAGGGCAGCUACAACGAGCAAAUGGAUAAGGAGAUCACCAACGAGGAGGAGGCCAUUGCUGCUGCAUAUCACAUCUUCAGAAACGUAGCUAAGCCCAAUUGCACGCACAUCGAUGAGCUUGAUCUAAGCAGAUUCAUGAUCAAGGAGGAGGUCGAAUUCGUGUUUCCAAUGAUCGAUGUAGCUGAGACUGGCAUGAUCGACAGAAAAGCUCUUAUAGAGUGGGUGCUGAAGGUCUAUAAGAGCAGGAAGGCGCUAGGGCAUGCCCUAAACGACACGAAAACAGCUGUGAAGCAGCUGAACAAGCUCGUUACAUCGGUUCUCAUAGUCAUCAUGAUUGUGGUGUGGCUGCUCCUAACAGGAGUGGCAACUACCAAAGUGCUCAUCUUCUUCUCAUCGCAGCUCGUCCUGGCAGCGUUCGUCUUUGGGAACACGUGCAGAACCAUCUUCGAAGCCAUCAUCUUCGUCUUUGUCAUGCACCCUUUCGACGUUGGUGAUCGCUGCCUCAUCGACAACACUCAGAUGAUUGUGGAGGAGAUGAACAUCCUGUCAACGGUCUUCCUCAAGUCCGACAACACCAAGAUAUACUACCCAAACAACUUACUCGCCACCAAGGCCGUCAGCAACUUCUACCGCAGCCCGGACAUGGGAGAUUCCUUCGAGUUCUGCAUAGAUUUCAAGACUCCACUGCAGAAGAUAGGCCAUUUGAAGGAAGAAAUCAAGAGGUAUCUAGAGAGGAACUACCACUACUGGCAUCCCAACCACAAUGUGGUGGUGAAGGAGAUCGAAGACGCGAACAAGAUCAAGAUGGCUUUGUUCUUCAACCACACUAUGAACUUUCAAGAUUAUGGUGAAAAGAGUAGGCGUAGAACAGAGCUCGUGCUCGAGAUGAAGAGGAUCUUCGAAGAGCUCGGAAUCAGCUAUGAUCUCCUCCCACAGAAAGUGCAUCUCAUCGACUCGAAAAUGGAUGCUGCAGAAUCUUGAAUCUGAUUUUCAACCAACAAAAACAAUACUCCAAGUUUGUAUUUUUUGUGUCUCUGUUCUUGUGCAUUGUGGUUUUCUGGCAAAACGACGCCGUGUUUGAAUCAAAUCCGAACCGAUCCAAAAAUCCGAGCUUGGUUUAGGCUAUCAAGUUGAGUGAAUCUGUUAGUCAGAGAUUGUGCCUCUGUUACUCAAUAGUAGUUUUGUUCAUUAGUUAUUACUAUGAUUUAUGACUCAUUUUUGAACACAUGAUAUGUAUUCAUAGAGUUCAUUAUGAUGUAAAUAAAAUUGUAUUUUAGAAUUUUCUAUUA